GUAAAGCGUUAAACGUUUGUGAAACUAGAGUGCAUCAUUGAAAAUAAGUACAUUUGAGCAGAAAGAAGUCUGUGAAUUGCGUUUUCGUCGGUGUUAAACCACACGUACACACACAUAUGCGUGCAUAGGCCGGGUUGUGGUGUAGUUCGUUGAAAAAGUUGUGUUAAAGCCGGCUUCUUGAGUGUUGCUUUUGUGCAAGACAAAAGAAAAACGUGGUGUAGAGGCAAUAGUUUCGGGAACCUUUCUGUAACAUUCAGUGCAGUGAAGAAUAGAAGUUUUGUCCUUUGUUAUAGAUUAGUCCUUAACGGAAAGAAGAAGUAUUCAGAAUUGUUACAAAGUACCUUCACACACCACUCCAAGGGCUGUCCGGUCCUGAUCACGAGUGGGUACGUGUGUGUGCGGAAUCCAAGACAAACAGAAUUCCAUCCGUUAAGUUAUUUGUCCUAAUAAGUCAGUAACCACGAUUUCCGUUCCGAAUAGUACGGUCUUGCGAAGCGCGAAAGUUUGGAACGAACGUUUUCCACGUGCGCGAGUGUUGGUUUUUUCGCCCAUUGGGACUUGUACUACGCAGUUGGAAGUUUGCUCCACACUAGCAAAAAAGAGCGAAGGUGUGCGUAGAUGGUGGUGGUGUAGUACCGGCUCCAUCCGGUUCUUCACACUCAGAGAGACUUGCUCUUGGAGUUCUUGCAUUUGCUGUGUCGAGUUUCGUUUUCUUCGUACCAUCGGAAUCGUUGGAAAGAGCAGCAAAAUUUUGUUUUGCUUCCCCGGUCUCUCGCAUAUCACAACACGAUCAACAGACGCAGCGAACAUAAAAAAACUUCAUCCGAGCCACGGCGAGAAGAAGAAGUACACACCGUCGCCCGCUCUCGUUCCAUUUGUUCCCUUCGUAUCAACCAGAGCAUUUUAUUACUAAAACGCACACACCAAACCUCUCUCAAUCAGCGAGCGCAGACAUUUUGUGGUUGAAAAACAAAACGGCAAAAGGUACAACCAAGGCAAAGGCGUUGUGCCUGGCGAACUAAUUGCGAAGAGCUCGUGCGGUAAAAAGGUAAAAGGAUGGAUCUCGCUAGCGAGAGUGUACUGUUUAUGGAUAACGACAAGCAAAAUGGUGCUGCCGAUCAACAUGGGCGCAACGGUACCGUACCAGGCGGUGACGGUAGCGGUCCUGGUUCCCCGAACAGCGGUGAAGGUUCAAGCAAGGGCACUGAUGGGACGGAAUUGAUGAAGAAACCGAUCGGCUUGCUCGACGAUAAGCUGAAGAAGCGCGUGCGUAAGAUGUCGCGCUCGAAUAGCAAGGACGGUGUGCUGGGAGUGGCCGGUACGCCGAAUUUUGUGUCACCGCAUCGGAAGUGGAAGAAUAGUCGCCGGUCUCGGAACGGUUACGGGCGGGGUCUACCGAAGAAGGGUGGCGCCGGCCGGAAGGGUGUGUGGGGUAAACCGGGCUCGGAAGUAUACGAUGAGCUGGACGAGGAUCCGAAUGAUCCGAAUUUUGACAUUGACGCGUACAACAGCACACACAACGUGGAGCUGAAGGAGAUUGUGCCGCAGCUGACCGAGGCAGAGGUCGUGAAGAAGUUGGAAGCGAUCAUACUCGAGUACUUCGAGCACGGUGACACACACGAGGUGGCGGACGCGUUGGACGAUCUGCUGCAGCCGGGCAUGAAGCCGUUGGUGACAAAAACCGUUGUUGCCGUCGCGUUCGAACACAAGCAGUCGCAGCGUGAGCUAACGUCGGUGCUGAUUUCCGAUUUGUACGGGCGCAUCGUGACACGUGAUGACAUCUGUGCCGGGUUCGAUUUGUUGCUGGCAAACAUAACCGAUAUUAUGCUGGACACACCGGAUGCGCCUCAUCUGCUGGGCAACUUUAUUGCGCGUGCGGUCGCCGACGAUUGCAUUCCACCGAAAUACGCUUACCAGUCGGAUCGGGAGGAUUUGGAGCAACAUGCGCAGUCGGCGCUGGUGCGCGCAACCACAUUGCUUUCGAUGCACGACGGUUGGGGUCAGCUGGACAACGUCUGGGGUGUCGGUGGCGCCCUACGUCCGGUGCAAACCAUCACCCAGCAGAUGUCGUAUCUGUUGCAGGAGUACCUGUGUUCACGCGAUCUCAGCGAAGCCCAGCGCUCCAUCAAGGAGCUGGAGGUGCCGCAUUUUCACCAUGAACUGAUUUACGAGGCAAUCAUAAUGACACUGGAAGCGUUCAACGAGUCCUCUGAGGUGGCCAUUUGCGAACUGUUCCGUACACUCGACAGUACCUGUAUCGUGACGCCGGAGCAGAUGGAGCAAGGGUUCCGGCGUGUCUACGAGGACAUGACUGACAUCGUUCUCGAUAUCCCACUCGCUUACUCGAUCCUGGAUCGCUUCAUGCAGCACUGCCAGCGGGCUGGUUCGUUCCUCAGCGAAGCACUCAUCAAAGAUAUUCCCACCCGGGGACGCAAACGUUUUGUGUCCGAGGGUGAUGGUGGCAUGAUCAAACAGAUCAAUUUCCACCGUGAUUUGUAAAAUGUUUCCAUCCAUCUCUCUCGCUCUAAUUAGCCAACACACUCAGGCACCAUCCACCACUACUCCCCACCGCGGAUCACACGGAAAUGGUUGAAUUGACGGAUUAAAGCAACGUAAAGGAACGCGGUGAUGCACGAAAAAUCUGUUGGCGAGGGGGAGAACGAGGAGGUUGAGAAAGCAAGAGUGAGUUUUUUUUGAGGAUGAGAGAACUAUUACUAGAGGUUUUUUGGGCACGCGCGAAAAGGCUGAAGAAGGAAAAUGUCGCAUAAAAAGCGAGGAACAAGGGGAGAACAAUUCGUUCACUAAUCAUUCAUUUUUGUCGCGUGAAAUGUGUUUCUCCGUAGGAGCGCAACAAUUUCCUAUUUUAUUCAUUUUCAUUCAUUGUGGUAAAAUUUUUUUUUGUGGUAAAAUGUACCUUCUAACGAAAAACAACAUCAGGGCUCAAUUAAUAAACCUUAACAAUGAAUUUAAUCACAAACAAACAAACUUACUGGUAUAUACUGCAACAUAUUUACGCUAGGCCGUUUUGCGCGAGGGAAAGAUCAGGUGCGCAGGAUUAGGUUGCGACUUAGCAGGCCCGCCAUUAAACUUUAAUUAAAAUAGAUGACUGCAACGAGCAAUGUGAAGGGUAUGAACAUGUACGAUUAGCACGGAAGACAUUGAUUUUCCAUCCCCAGUGCAGGGAAUAAUGAAGCAAUCAACAAGUUGCUAAUUGUCCCUUUUUGUGUCUCUAGCGCUACCACACACUGUCUCUUGACCUGAUCUUUGUCCGUGCGAUGAUAUCCUUUUUCUUAUCUCGUUUGCGAAAAAAAAAGAGAGGAACAAAACAUGUCAGGGAGAGAGCGCCUUAAAUGAUGCAACCGGAACGGUUUUGGAAAUUAGAAAAAGGAAGAAACAAAAAGGCAAAAUCGGGCGCGGCAUUAUGAUUGUAAGCUUCAAAAUAAAACGCAAAGCAACUUAA